AUGUCGGAUGUUGAAGUUGACGAUGUACCUUCUGCAGCUGCAGCUGGAGGACCAAUGGAUAUAAAUAUUGCCCUUCAAGAAGUUUUAAAAACUGCUCUUAUUCACGAUGGGCUUGCUCAUGGCCUUCAUGAAUCUGCUAAGGCGCUAGACAAGAGACAAGCUUACCUAUGUGUUCUCGCUGAAAACUGUGAUGAACCCAUGUAUAAAAAACUUGUACAAGCUCUAUGUAAUGAACAUCAAAUUCCUUUGAUCAAAGUUGAUAAUAAUAAAAAAUUAGGAGAAUGGUCUGGUCUUUGUAAAAUUGAUGCUGUUGGCAAACCUAGAAAGGUUGUAGGAUGUUCUUGUGUAGUUGUAAAGGAUUAUGGUGAAGAGACUCCAGCACUUGAUUCACUAAAAGAGUACAUAAAAACUCAAUCUUAA